AUGCAAAAGUCUUUCUUAUUGAUCUCUCUUCUCUGUGUGAUUGCGUUCUUGCACUUGUUCCCUGUUGAGGGAGGCACUGGACAAACUAUUGUUGGUGAUUUGAACAUUGAUCCUGUAUUGGGAUUAGAUGCUAGUGAGACCAGAUUUAGGUACCUCAGUUCCUUCUGUUUAGAUCCAAGAAAUGGCGAUAUGUACGUAGCUGAUGACCAUUUCAACAAGGUUUUCAAGAUUGAUCAUCAAACCAAUGUUGUCUCUUGGUUUGCUGUUGCAGUUGACAGCAAUGACAACAUCUACGUUAUGGACAAUGGUGUAUAUGUUUUAAGAAUGAUUAGAGCUAGCAAUGGAAAUAUAGAAAGAGUGGCAGGUACCUAUACCACUAUCUGUUCUGACGGCAAUUGUGGAGAUGGAGGAAGUGCACUCAGUGCCAAAUUGACAGCUGUAAAGAAUAUUGAAAUUCAUCCAAUUACUGGUGACAUUUACUUGGCGGAAGCUAACAGAAUCAGAAAAAUUAGUGGUGGUAUUAUCAGUACAGUUGUUGGUGCUUUUGGAAGAAAUUAUGAUUCUUUAGUCACUGGUGCCUGGGCAAAUCCGUUGGAUGUUGGUAUUGCCCCAACAAGAAUUUCCUUCUCACCUACUGGUCAAUUGUAUUUCAAUGAUGGUAGUUCUUAUUGGUCAAUGCGUACUUUGAAAGAUGGAUUGGUUAGACCUGUCUCUGGAUUUUUAAUUUCCACAACAGACAGGUUUAAUUACAAUGGAGAAGACUUGCUACCAACUAAGGUAAAACUCUCAAAUCCAACUUCAGUGUUUUUGGACUCGAAUGGCAAUGUUUUUGUUGGUUGUUCUGGAACCUCAAGUACAACUGGAGGUGAAAAUGAUGCCAGAAUUGUAAAGGUUGAUGUCAAUUCCAAUACUGCUUCCACAUUCAUUGGAACUUUAACUGAGGCUUCAGCAAUUUCUGAAAACACAAUUAGAACCAAAACUUCACUCAAACCAUAUGCUUCAAUCUAUACAGGUCUUUAUACACCCUUCGGAAUUCAUGUAACUCCAAACGGAGAUGUAUACUUUGCAGAUCCAAGUCGUUAUGUAAUCAGAAUGUACAAUGCAACCCUGGGAACUGUUAGUACAAUUGCAGGUACUAUGAACACAGUUUGUACCGAUAGUAUUUGUGAUAAUGGUCAACCAGCACUAAGUGCUCAUUUCAAACUCCCGACCUCAAUAUUCGUCACCGACGAUGGAACUAUUUAUGUCUCUGAUACUCAAUUGCAUCAAAUUAGAAAAAUUCAGAAUGGAAUUAUUACAGCAAUUGCUGGAACUGGAACUCAAUGCACCACUGCAGGAUCUAAUACUUGCGAUCAUGGUUCUACAUCUCCAUUGCGCGUUGACUUGUAUACUCCAAUGGGUAUUUAUGUUACCAAGAGUGGUGAAGUAUAUUUUGCAGAUACUUCCAACCAUAAGGUUAGAAAAAUCUCAAGUGAUGGCCUCACCAUAACUACAGUGGCCGGAUCAGCUGGAAAUUGUGCCUCUGGAACUUGUGCCACUUUCAGUGCAUCCGCUACAGACUCAACUGCAAAACUCUUCUAUCCAACUGGAGUUGUUGUCAAUGAAACAUCCGGUUCAAUUUACAUUGCAGAUCAAGGAACUCACACCAUUAGAGUAGUUUCUUCAAAUGGUUCAAUGAGUGUUUAUGCUGGUACUUUCCCAGGCAUGGCGUUCAAUGAUGCUGGAGCCACUCAAUUCAGUGCAGAAGGAUCAUCAAAGUACCUUAAUUUACCAACAAGUAUUUUCCUUAAAGAUAACUCAAUUUAUGUGACAGAGCCAGUUUUUGGAAGAGUUAGACGUGUGACUCAAAACUGUAGAGCUGGAUAUGGUGGCGAUAAUUGUGAAACUCCUAUUUGUUUUGAAAUUCUGGCAACUUAUUCAACCGUUUGUUCAGGAAAUGGUGCAUGUAUUGAAAGUGACACUUGUCAAUGUAAUGCUGGAAGUUCAGGAAGUAAUUGUUCUCAAACAACUUCCAAUUGUAGAUCUGGUUUCUAUGGAAGUAAUUGUGAAAUUUCCAAUUGUUAUGGAAAGUUUUCAAAUGAUUCAUCUGUUUGCAGUGGGCAUGGCCGUUGCAAUUCAACUGAUUCCUGCUCUUGUUCACCUAACUAUUUUGGAGGAAAUUGUCAAAUUACAACAUGUUUCAAUACUCAAAGUAAUGACAGCUCA